UUGUGAGAAAAAUUGGAGGGUUCGUCCGUUUCCAUGGUUUUGACCUCAGUCAGUGACGUUUUGUGACGCGCUCGUACUUCUUCCGGGUUGGUGCAUGUGUUUCCGGAUUUGUAUCCCCACGCAACAUGUGUAACUGAAAAUUGGGAAACAAGAUGAGUUCUCAGAAAGGUAACGUAUCUCGGUCGCGAGGCCAGAAGCAUCAAAACAGCUUCGCCUUCAAACCCGACAAGUACGGAGCGACGGUCCAAGUGAAGAAGGCGAAAUCAAAGAUACACGAUGGACUCUGUCAACAUUGUAAAGGUGUACUCGAGUGGAAAGUGAAGUACAACAAAUACAAGACACUGACACAGCCCAAAAAAUGGUUUUGUCCCUCACUCUGCAGAAUAAACUCACAGGAGGACCAGACAGAGGAGGAAGAAGAAGAAGAUGGGGAACAGAAGAUGAAAGGACAGAAGAAGAACUUGGAUGGCUUGGACAGUGAUGAGGAGGAGGAGAAGGAGGAGGAUGAUGAUGAUGAUGAUGAUGAUGAGGGAGACAAUAUUGACAGGGACUCAGAACCAAAGAAGACACAGAAUAAGACUGAUGUGCUCCCAGAUGUGUCCAGAGUCACCAUAAAGGACUAAAGGCAGUGAGAGGGUCCUCGUUGGACCCCAUUCAUCAUCAUGCAUACUAGAGUUUACUAAUCCAAGUACAGUUCCAGGUGUGAGAUGUGACUGUAGUACGUUAAGUUAUGAAUAAAUGUUGCUGGUUUUGAUG